AAGUCAGUCUCCUGAAUGAUACAACGAGUGGAACAGUCAUACACCAUAUGAAGGCAAUAUUUGCAAGGCAUGGCAUACCGCUCCAGCUCGUGACUGACAAUGGACCACAGUUCUCGUCCACUGACUUUAGAAAGUUCACAGAGUCAUGGGAGAUUGAACAUAAGACAUCCAGUCCACUGUAUCCAAGGUCUAAUGGACUUGCAGAGAGAACAGUGCAGACUGUGAAACAAAUCCUCACGAAAGCAAAAGACAGUGGCGAGGAUCCCUAUCUAAGCAUCCUCAACUUCCGAACGACAGACAAAUCAGAUCAAGCCUCACCAGCUGAAAUGCUCAUGGGAAGAAAGCUGAGGACACUUCUUCCGUCUGCAAACAGGAUCAAAAGGAUCGUUAGCAGUCGAAUGAUCAAAGACAGGAAGGACAAACACGCAAAAUACUACAACAGUAACACCAAAGACCUAGCGACUUUGAAACCCCAGGAGUUCAUCAGGUACCGAGACAGUCGCAGCGGUACUUGGGAACCAGCUCAAGUAAAAAAGCAAGUAGAUAACAGGUCUUACAUCAUCCGUACAAAGAGAGGUUUGCUUCGCAGAAACAGACAGCACCUCUUGCAGUCAGGAGAGCCUCAUCAUGACCUCCAACCAGACCAGUGCGAGGGUGGUUCAUACAGAAGCAAUGUCCACAAUAAUGUCCCCGCACCCAUCAUACGUGGUCAAGCUGGACCUCAAGCGUCCAGACCACUGGUCGAGUUCCCAAACUCACCACGAAAUGAUCAUGAAGUGUACGAACACACUCCUGAUCGUGGAGGCACCCCGCCUUCACCGGAACACUCCGACACACACAACGUUCCACAUUAUAUCACUAGAAGUGGUCGCACAGUGAGGAAACCAAACAAAUAUACGUUGUAGGCAAAGUCAUUAAAAAUGUUAUUCACUGUUGACCACAACACUCAUGCAAAAUACACUAUGCAUAUUUUACACUAAAGUAAAAGCUCAGAGCUGACCAGUUUAAUACUUGUGUUAAAACUAGCUCACCACUGGAUACAUUUAUGUGUGUGAUCAAGUCAUGAUGUCAUCAAGGACUAUCGUUCUCAAGGUUGAUGUUCAACAUCCGUUACAAAAGGCAAACGUAACUUUUAAAAGAGGGGGGAUGUCAUGUGUGUACAUCAAUAGCUUGGACUUAACUGACCAGCUAUGUUAUAACGGCUCAAGGCCGUAACGUGACCUUCUUGGUAAUAAAGCACAACUUCCGUUACUACUCAUUCUCA